GUAUUAUGAUGCAGGACACGUCAAAUAAUAUUGUGCUGACUAAGCCAUUCUCAGUACUGGCACAAGAAUCAGAUGCUGAGACAGUUUAUAAAGCUCCCAAUCUUAUGAAACGAAUAUUAAGUUUAUUUAAGAACGUGCGGCCAGGAUCUGAUCUUACUCACUUUCAGCUGCCAGCUCUAUUUAACUUGCCAAAGUCAACACUCCAAAUCUAUGGUGAACAAGUGUACUCCACAAGCACAGAUUUGCUAAGCAUGUGCAACAAAGGGAAGAGUCCUGUUGAUAGACUCACUUCUGUUGUGGCAUGGUAUAUAUCUACCAAACGCCCUACAAUCUUUGGAGUUGUUCCCUACAACCCCAUCCUUGGAGAAACACACCAUGUUUCUAAAGGAAAUCUUAAUGUCUUGUUAGAGCAGGUACACUUGUGUUAUUAAUUAUUAUGCUCACAAAGUUAAUGGCUAUACUCUUCUAUAUAGUGUACCUGAAAAAAUUCUCAU